AUGGAGACGUUCAUGGACAUCUACCGCAAGGAAGGUAUCCGUGGUAUCAACAAGGGUGUCAACGCUGUCGCCGUACGCCAGGUCACCAACUGGGGCUCGCGCUUUGGUCUGUCGCGUGUCGCUGAGACGGGCAUCCGCAAGGUCACAGGCAAGGAGCACGGCGAGAAGCUGGGCGCCCUGGAGAAGGUCAUUGCCAGCACUCUGGGUGGUGGUCUCUCUGCCUGGAACCAGCCUAUUGAGGUCAUUCGUGUCGAGCUUCAGAGCAAGGUCGAAGACCCCAACAGGCCGAAGAAGAUGAACGUCGCCAACGCGGCCAAGUACAUCUACAGCAGGAACGGUAUCAAGGUUUUGCCCCACUCCUUCCCCGCACCAUCUUGCGGCAGUCGGCUAACCCGCUCAACAGGGCCAAGGAAUGGGUUGAGAAGGUCACCGGCGAAACGGUCACCGCGAAGCACUAAAAGGCACUUCUCCCUCUGGAGCGACACCGGCGACCUUGUCGACCAGUUAGCCGACGAGGAGGACCCCUUGCAGAUUCGACUUCGCCGAUCCCAGGAUCUCGACGGCUCUUCGACACACAAACGACACCCAUCCAAGAAGCGUGUACAUUACGACUCCUCCAGUCGCAGCAACGAGAAAGCUGGACGCGUUAGAAAGGAGGACAUCGUCGUCCCGACCCCUCCACGGCCCAUUGCCAACCGAGGCGAAAGGCUUCUCGCUGCCAUCAUGGCUCCCAAUGAUGGACCCAGCCGGAUUCACGGCUUGCACGGCAAGAAGCUGAUUUACUUUACCAGCGUGUUUGUGUCGCUGGGUGUCUUUUUAUUUGGCUACGACCAGGGCGUCAUGUCGGGCAUUAUCACAGGAUCCUACUUCAAAGACUCCUUCAACCAGCCCACCCGCGCCGAGAUUGGAACUAUGGUAGCCAUCCUCGAGGUCGGGGCAUUCAUAUCAUCGCUGGGUGUUGGAAAAAUAGGAGACGUGAUUGGACGUCGGCGUACCAUUUUGUACGGCUCGCUUGUCUUCGUGGUAGGAGGCGCUUGCCAGACAUUCGCUACUGGCAUGCCCAUGAUGAUGCUGGGCAGAGUCAUUGCAGGUCUCGGCGUUGGCGCGCUGUCGACAAUCGUCCCCGUAUACCAGUCUGAGAUCUCACCACCCCACAACCGCGGCAAGCUGGCUUGUGUUGAGUUUACGGGCAACAUUUGCGGCUACGCGGCUAGUGUGUGGGUAGACUACUUCUGCAGCUACAUCAGAAGCGACUGGGCGUGGCGCAUUCCCCUGCUCAUGCAAUGCGUAAUGGGCGGUCUGCUCGCCGUGGGUAGUUUGUUGAUUUGCGAGUCGCCAAGGUGGCUGCUCGAUAACGACCAUGACGAGGAAGGCAUUGUCGUCAUCGCCAAUCUCUACGGAAAGGGUGAUAUACACAACCCGAAGGCUCGCGAGGAAUACCGUGAGAUCAAAAUGAACGUCCUCAUCCAACGCCAGGAAGGCGAGCGCUCUUAUUCCGACAUGUUCAAGAGAUACUACAAGCGCGUCUUCAUCGCCAUGUCUGCGCAAGGCCUUGCUCAGCUGAACGGUAUAAAUGUUAUUUCGUACUACGCCCCGCUGGUGUUUGAACAAGCCGGUUGGGCUGGCCGCGACGCGAUCCUGAUGACCGGUAUCAACGGACUCAGCUACCUUGCUUCCACAAUUCCACCCUGGUACCUCGUGGAUUCCUGGGGCCGGCGAUUCAUCCUACUUUCCGGCGCUGUGGCUAUGAUAUUCUCGCUGUCAGCCAUCUCGUACUUUAUUUAUGUCGAUAUUCCUAUCUGGACUCCUCGAUUGGUUGUCAUCUUUGUUAUGAUCUACAACGGAGCUUUCGGAGCAUCAUGGGGCCCCAUUCCUUGGCUUUACCCUCCGGAAAUCCUUCCGUUGAGCAUUCGUGCCAAGGGCGCCAGUCUAAGCACUGCUACCAAUUGGGCCUUCAACUGGCUUGUUGGUGAGAUGACGCCUAUCCUGCAAGAGUGGAUCCAAUGGCGCCUGUACCUCUUGCAUGCCUUCUUCUGUGCUGUCAGUUUUGUUGUCGUCUGGUUUAUCUACCCCGAGACUGCAAACGUGCGCCUGGAAGAUAUGAACUCGCUCUUUGGUGACGCUACCUCGCAAAUGCCGACGCCGGCGACGCUCGCCGAAGCCGAGUCUCUCUUCAGCGGCGGGCGCGGAUCUCCCGUCCCGUCACUGGAUCUUCGUCGCCCUGGUCAGCUUGGUGCUGACAAUGCUAUUCCCGGUCUGGACAUUGACCCGCCGAAUGUGCAGGUGGAGGGCGGCAAGCCGAUGCUCCCAAGCAAGACCUCCAGCAGUGUCACAGAAGGCGUCGGCGGCUGGAUCUCAAACAUUAUUAAGCGCAACAAGGACAAUGGUGAGGGCGACAGCCAAAGUAGUGGGUACCGGAGAGUCGAGCAGAACGAGGAUUAGGGAAUUGAUGGAUUUUUGUCGGUCACUGGUUGUCGACGCGAAUGAGCAUAGGGGAGUGGAUAGAGGCGUUUUUAUGGGCGAAAUUUGGCUAGACAAGCAUGAUCAAAACACAGGGUUGCAUGUUUCUCGACCUGUAGACGGGGAGCGAGGUUUUGUACAUCAGGCGCAAACAUACACCUUACAGAAAGCGCAACCAAUCAUGGAAUUUGCACUGGCCUC